CAUGUGCGCCGUGAACCCCAGCUUGACACCUUAACCGCGGCUGCAGAGCUGAACGCGCCGUGCUAAAAAAGCCCCCCCAGAGGCAGCGGCGCGUGCUCUCCCCUCCGCCAUAUGAACCUCAGUCUUCCGCUCGCGCUCAGCACGACAGGAGCUCCUCUGUCUCAAUCAAAAGCGAUGGUCCUCGGACUGCACCCGGCGCGCUUCGUCCUCCGCGGUUGUUUCUCGUUGCGCGCAAGGAGUCCGGGAUGCAGCUGUCUGCCACCGCGCUUAAAUAACGCCAGCAAAGGUCUCUGAAAAGGUGGAGAGAUUCAGCGCGAGACGAGCAUGAUAGCUGGCCGAAGGAAGAGCAUCCGGCAGCCGCGUUAACUUACUGGGGAGCGUGGGGUCGAGGAGUAGCAGAAGCGCCCGCGGACCCGGACAAAAGUGAAGAUUUUCUAACCAUGCCGGUGCGAAGAGGUCAUGUGGCGCCACAGAACACUUUUCUGGGAAUAAUAAUACGAAAAUUCGAGGGACAGAAUAAGAAAUUCAUCAUAGCCAAUGCCCGUGUGCAGAACUGUGCUAUUAUCUACUGUAACGACGGCUUCUGUGAGAUGACGGGUUUCUCCCGGCCGGACAUCAUGCAGAGACCCUGCACAUGUGACUUCCUGCAUGGCACGCAGACCACACGGCAUGCCAUCGCCCAGGUAGCCCAGGCCCUGCUGGGUUCCGAGGAGCGCAAAGUGGAGAUCACCUACCACCGCAAAGACGGUUCAGAGUUUCUCUGCAAUACACACAUCAUCCCAGUGAAGAACGAGGAGGGCGUGGUGAUGAUGUUCAUUCUGAACUUUGACUACGUGCUGGAGGAGGGGAGCAGUGAUUCACUGCAGAGACUCAACCUUACUCCUCCUGCCAAAACAGAGUACAGAAAAGGGAGAUUCUUCAGGUUCCGUCUGCCAUCACUGAACCUGCUGGGUUCCAGCAAGCAGACUUUGCCCCAAGAUGACCCUGACACAGUGAUGGUGGACUCCCCGAGAGCCAGUGAUGACUCAGUGGCCUUGAGGGACUUCCAGUCGCCCACCAAGGACAGCUGCAGCCCAGCCGAUGCCAACGACACGCGAGCCCUAAUCAGCUCCAGUCCCCACUCCUCCCCUGUAAGUGUGUCUGGGCCACUUGACCACUCAUCCCCCAAGCAGCUGUGGGACCGUCCUAGCCCAUCUCAGGCCCAGUCCACUACCUGCUUGGCCCAGUCCAUCUCCAGAGACAGUAUAUGUAGCAGAAGACGGGCCUCAUCUGUGCAUGACAUUGAAGGCCUUAGCAACUCCAAGCGGCAUUUCAGGGACAGGCACGCAAGUGAAGACCAUGGCCGCAGUCUGAAAGGUCCUUUUAACCAUCUCAAGUCCAGUCUGCUGGGCUCCACCUCAGAUUCCAAUCUGAACAAAUACAGUACCAUUAACAAGAUUCCCCUUAUUGCGCUCAACUUCUCUGAGACCAAUUAUGACAAGAAAGUCCCCUCACCUCCUGCCUCUGAGAAGACCAUUAUUGCUCCCAAGGUCAAAGACCGUACGCACAACGUCACUGAGAAAGUCACACAGGUAUUGUCACUGGGUGCAGAUGUAUUACCAGAGUAUAAGCUUCAAGCUCCACGGAUAGAUAAAUUCACCAUCCUCCACUACAGCCCGUUUAAGGCUGUGUGGGACUGGCUCAUACUGCUGCUAGUCAUCUACACGGCCAUCUUCACACCCUAUUCUGCUGCUUUCCUGCUCAACGACCGUGAGGAGCAGAAGAGGAGAGAGUGUGGCUACUCCUGCAGCCCACUUAAUGUGGUGGAUUUAAUGGUGGAUAUCAUGUUCAUCAUAGACAUCCUUAUAAACUUCCGCACCACAUAUGUGAACUGCAACGAGGAAGUGGUCAGUCACCCAGGGAAGAUUGCUGUGCACUAUUUCAAAGGGUGGUUCCUCAUAGACAUGGUUGCCGCCAUUCCCUUCGACCUGCUCAUCUUUGGCUCAGGCUCGGAUGAAACAACUACUCUGAUUGGCCUGUUGAAGACGGCCCGGUUGCUGCGUUUGGUCCGUGUUGCCAGGAAGCUGGACCGCUACUCUGAGUACGGCGCAGCAGUGCUCAUGCUCCUUAUGUGCAUCUUCGCACUCAUUGCUCAUUGGUUGGCCUGUAUCUGGUAUGCCAUUGGCAACGUGGAGAAGCCUUAUCUAAAGGACAAGAUUGGCUGGCUAGAUAAUCUUGGGGUGUCAAUUGGAAAACGGUAUAACUACAGUGACCCCUCCUCUGGACCCUCCAUAAAGGACAAAUAUGUCACAGCAUUAUAUUUCACAUUUAGCAGUCUGACCAGCGUAGGAUUUGGCAACGUCUCACCAAAUACCAACUCUGAGAAGAUCUUUUCUAUUUGUGUGAUGCUCAUUGGAUCUCUAAUGUACGCCAGCAUCUUUGGGAAUGUGUCGGCCAUCAUUCAGCGGCUGUAUUCAGGAACAGCGCGCUACCACAUGCAAAUGCUGCGGGUGAAAGAGUUUAUCCGCUUCCACCAGAUUCCAAACCCUCUCAGGCAGAGGCUGGAGGAGUACUUCCAGCAUUCCUGGACCUACACCAACGGCAUUGACAUGAACAUGGAGGUUUUAAAGGGCUUUCCUGAGUGCUUGCAGGCAGAUAUAUGUCUCCAUCUGAAUCAAAGCCUGCUACAGGGCUGUAAGGCAUUCCGGGGGGCCACUAAAGGCUGCCUGCGGGCUCUGGCCAUGCGCUUUAAAACCACUCACGCUCCCCCAGGAGAUACACUCGUCCACUGUGGAGAUGUCCUCACAGCGCUCUACUUCCUCUCUCGAGGUUCCAUCGAGAUCCUGAAGGAUGAUGUUGUGGUGGCAAUUCUGGGAAAGAAUGACAUCUUUGGGGAGAUGAUCCACCUGUAUGCCAAGCCAGGGAAGUCCAAUGCAGACGUGCGGGCACUGAGCUACUGUGAUCUGCACACCAUCAACCGAGAGGAGCUGCUGGAGGUGCUGGACAUGUACCCGGAGUUCUCUGACCACUUUCUAACGAACCUGGAGCUCACCUUUAACCUGAGAGAUGAGAACGCUAAGGUGAGUUACUCACAACUCAGUGACUCAGAUGGAGAAGACAAUAAAGGCAAGAGGAAGAUUUCCUUCAAGCGUAAACCAUCCAAAGGGGGAAGCGUCAAGGACAGUAAAAGUGAAAGUAGAAAGGAGCGGCGCGAGUCACGCCUCAGCUCAAAGAGAGGCUCAGACGACUGCAGGGCUUUUAAGGAAGAGCCGCAACGGAUGCUGGGAUACCCAUGCAUAGAGGGUUACACCCCAACCCCUGACUGCAGCCCAUCUGUGGGUGAGCUGGAGAGUGAGCCAUAUUACGAUGACAUGCAGACUACUGACUGGGAGAGUGUAAGGCUGAGGGAGGCUGUGGAAGACUCGGCUCAAAAACAGAAGCUCAGAGGGGAAGAAGAAGAUGAGAUGGAAAGUGACCUCACAUAUGGAGAGGUGGAGCAGAGACUGGACCACCUGCAGGAGCACCUGAACAGGUUGGAGUCUCAAAUGACAUCAGACAUCCAAGCGAUUCUGCAGUUACUACAGAAGCAAUCCUGCAUAGGCCCCCCAGCGUACAGUGCAGUCACAGCCAACCUGGAGUACAGAAAACCUGCCAUUAGAGUGCAGCCUGUCUCUGCAAUUAGCACCAGCCACACCCUCAGCCCAGCCCCACAGAAUGCUGAGUUGUUCAGCAUGGUGAAGGCUUAUCCCAUAUCCAAAGAUUCAGUAUCAGGACUGGCUCAUCCCAUGUCCAAAGAUUCAGUAUCAGGACUGGCUCAUCCCAUGUCCAAAGAUUCAGUAUUAGACACAACUCACACAGACUCUCUCCCUGAGCAGAACCAAGAGACGGUCCGGCUCCACGGCCCCACGUCGCUCCAGGCUGUUCUCUCAAGACACCAAUAUUCCAGAUCGCUUCUUCCAAUUCACCUCUCCUCACCCCCUGAGACGUCCAUCAGUAGCACUGGGGCCAUGGGCCUCCACAGGCCUCAGUCUGAUCCUGGACUGCCUAGAAGUAGCACCGAGUCUCAUCCAUGACUAUGGGAUUUCACUUCCAUAUCCUGCGGGGGAUUGGACCGCCGAUUUCACGCUAACAUGCAUCAGAGCAUCAAGAGGAUGAUUUUCCUUUGAACCGCUAGAAGACUAAUGAUGAAAGUAGAGGACAGCCUAGAAUUCUAAAGUCUGUAACCAUGAAGCUGAAACUUUAGUUUGUUUUGGUGCAGCUGAACAUUCUGUUAGGUUUGUGUGAGGGUUUUAUAACUUCCUACACGUCAUUGCUGACCUCUUCUGUAGCUUUUGCUCUUUGCUGGCCUUCUGGCAGUGGAUGAAUCACCCCCCCCCCUUCCUCCCUCAAGGACUCAGGGUCUGGUUAGUGACUGCAUUAUGAAGUGCAUGGUAUUGGGAGGUUUCUUCUCGCAGCUAUGCUGCACUUCAUUUCCCCCAUGUAAAUUCUACUGCUGUAUUCUCUCAGACUUGCAGAACCUUGUUCAUGGAACCAUGUAGCAUCAGGAUGAUCUGAGAUUUUUAGCUAGGUGGGAGUGUGGUACUUGGCAGAUUGUGUGAGUGUGAGGAGUGGCUGGGUAUUGGGCAGAUGUGGUACCCCCGGUCCGUGUUUGGUUUUGGUUUCUUUAUUCCCCCAUUCUCCCCUCAGUAGGGACAUAGACCUGGAGAGAUGCAGCAGAUGGGAGAUUUUAAUUUCUCUUUUCACCCCACUCAGAGUAAUAACCAAACACGAUGAACAAUAAAACUCAAUGAAAGCAGCUUUGCAGCAUAUUUAA